AUGAUUAUACGAUUUGCGAAUAUCGUUCAAGCUAGAAGAGGAUUGAUAGCCUGCGUGAGUGCAAGAAAUAUUCACUCCAAGAAGAUAGAUGAAUCUGGCAAAGGACUCAACAAGAAAAAGGCAGUUGCUAAAGAGGUUAUCGAAGCGGAAAGGAAAGGCAAACAAGCUGAGAAAAAAAUUGCUGAACACAGCAAAAAUCUAAAAGCGUCCACCAUCGAUGAAGUAAAAGCCCCUAAAGAAUCGCUGAAAAGGCUCUAUCCAAGUGGAGACGUCAGAAAAGUGCAUGAUAAUUCUUUGGAAAAAAUCCAGCAGAGAGUAGAACACGUCAAAGAAGAAAAGAAAAAGGCUGAGAACGUAAAAGGAGUCAUUGGAAAGGCAAUGCACGAGUCUUACGCCGGUCAUAUACAGAAGAAAUCAUAA